AUGUCAGUCCGCAACACCACUGACGAUCAUGAAGGGCAAAAGGCAAUUUUUGAGAAUAUAGAAACGACAGAAGAAGACCCGAGAGAAGCGCGGAAGCUACUCCGAAAAAUUGACUCGUGUUUGCUGCCGGUAAUGGCAGUUUCAUACAUGUUUCAAUUCUUGGACAAAUCGGCACUCGCCUACACAUCGAUUCUAGGACUCAAUGAAAGUCUGCACCUCGACGGGUUCCAGUUUUCCUGGUCCAACAGCAUCUAUUAUUUCGGCUAUCUGAUCGCCUCGUAUCCCCUUGGGCUUCUCAUGGUUCGCUUUCCUGUGGGAACAGUCAUUGCAAUUUCAGUCGCCAUUUGGGGCAUAAUCUUGAUGCUGACAGCCGUGUGCCACGACCACUCGGGCCUGUGGGCAAACCGCUUUUUUCUUGGCGUUUCGGAAGCUGCUGUUGCACCCGGCUUGGCAGUCGUCGUAUCCAUGUGGUACACGAGAUCCGAACAGCCACUCAGACAAGCCGCUUGGUUUCUCGGCAAUACGUUUGCUGGCAUCUUUGGCGGCCUCGUCUCCUAUGGUAUUGGGCACAUCAAAACGAUUGCGCCAUGGAAGGCAGUGUUUCUCUUUUUCGGGGCCGCCACCAUUGCAUGGUCCAUCUUCAUUUACUUGUUGUUGCCAGAUGAUCCCACAAAGGCUCGUUUCUUGAGCGCAUCUGAGCGAGAAAGGGCCUUGAGGCGAGUCCGUCGCAACAUGACUGGCCGAAAAACCACCAAAAUAAAUUGGAGUCAAUGCCGCGAAGCGCUGGCUGAUGUGCAGGCUUGGCUUCUAGUGCUGAUUCAGCUGUCAGGGCAGAUUGCGAAUGGCGGCGUCCAAGGCUUUGGGUCCAUCGUCAUACAUGGUAUGGGCUUUGAGACUUUAAAGACUCUUCAAAUUCAGAUGGUCGCGUACGUAUUCCAGCUCAUUUUUGUCUUGCUCGCGACAAUCGGCAGCACAUAUCUACACAACACAAGGACCUUGUGGGUUGUCUUUAACAUGACUUUUUCCAUCGCUGGGGCGGCCAUGGUAGGACAACUAGACGGGAAAUGGAGCCGAUUCUUUGGAUAUUGCCUCACUAUGGGCUACACGCCGAAUUUUCCCAUUAUCCUAUCCGUGCUCUCCGCCAACAUUGCGGGUUUCACAAAGAAGAUGACAGUCAAUGCAAUGCUGUUCAUCGCGUACUGUGCGGGCAACAUCAUUGGACCACAGCUCUUUUUCGAGCGCGAGUACCCUACGUAUCCAACUGGAUUUCUGGCAAUAAUGAUUUGCUACGCCAUUGGGCUUGUGGGGAGCCUGCUGCUACGAGCAUAUCUGGUCUGGGAGAAUGCUCGCCGUGAUCGGAUCUCCCAAUCAGCAAGCACAAACGCAAGAGAACUUGACAAUGUUGAUGACCAGACAGAUAAACAACUUUUACGUUUUCGAUAUAUAUAUUAG